AGGGCUUUAGGUUUUUGCUUCUUCUGAGUCAAACUAUCUUCUCCUUUGUUGAUUUUGCAAGAAGAAGACAAUGGCCUGGCGAAGUGCAGGAUCUGCUGCUCGCUCUUUCGUUUCCGCUACAGCUAGAGCACCGUCUCUCCGAUCUACGCCGGCAACUCUUCCGCGUCUCCGUCCUUCUCCGUCCUCUUUGCCUCGCCGCCGAUUUGCCUCUUUCACAAAUCCGAGGAAUUUGGGAGAGCUUGGGUGCACACAGUCUCUAUUGCCUCUGCACAAUGUGGUGGCUUCAGCUCGACUCAUUUCCCAUCUUAACCUCAACGUCCGAGCUUUCUGCGAACUCCCUAACGGGAAUGGAAAAGAUGGGUGAUGGAAGUGGAUUUUCAGUUGCUGUCAAGAGAGGUGCUACUGAUUCGUACUUGAAUUCACGAAGUGUGUUGCAUCAGUCAUCUUGAAGCAGAUGGAGACUUUUAAAAGGGGUGUACCAAGAAGAACACAUUGGUCGUGUUGUGUUUCGUUAGGAACCAAUAAAAUUUAUACAUUUUUUUUCUCCACUUUCGACAGCAACAUUGUUUUUGAUACUUCUAAGUCUCAGUAUAAUUUUGAAUAACCAUUGUUUCAUCUUUGUAUGUUACUAGCUACCGUUGGCUAUCAUUUACUGAAUCGAGAUAAAAUAAAAGAAGAAAAUUUUACAAGUUUAA